GCUAAUAAUUGUUUGGGUAAUUAGCUCCACAAAAAGCAAUGCAAAGGCAAUUAUUGAAGAUAAGAGUUUUGCCAAUCAAUUGUCUUUGUCCAACCAAAUUCGAUCAAUUUUCUCUUGUAUGGGAUCUCUAGCUAACCUCGCUUGUAACAUCCUACUCACGAAUGUGUGUGUAUAUAUAUAUAUGGCAAAGGCUAGCGUACACACGGACGUACCCUAGCUUACCGUACGCCCGUUGAGUUUUGCUAUUUAGAUAAUGAAUUAACCGGAGUUUGGGGCAUGAUAUUAUACGCUAACCCCUAAUGGGUAAACCCUAGUCCGCGAUUCACUAACCCAAAGCAUAAUAUUCAUUUAAUCUUGAAAUGAAAAUCAACGGUUCUGAUUUGUCGAAAUUAUUGUUGAUUUUCAUUUCAAGAUUAAACGAAUCUCAUGAUUUGGGUUAGAAAUCUAGGGACUGGGGUUUAUCCAUUAGUGGUGAGGGUAUAGUAUCAUGCCCAAAACUCCGGUUAAUUCAUGAUCUAAAUAGCAAAACUCAAACGGACGUACGGUAGUCUAACGUACGCCCAGGCGUACGCUAGCCUAAACCAUAUAUAUGAAUGUGUGGUUGUUCGUAAUCUCCAUUUUUCGAGUUAGCCUCGUGUCAAUGUGUGAAAAUCAGGUUAAUUCCUCACAGUUUGAUUCAAAUUUGAGAACGACGAUUAUCUAAAAAAUAUUGUGUACUUUUAUUCCCUCCUAAAGUUAGACUCAAGCAUCAUAUAAAAUUAUUUUGCUACAUUAAGCACUUAUUAAAGGGAAGAUUUAGGUUUCGACCAAAACAUGUGAAGAUUUAGGCACAUAUUGUUAAAGUGUUGAUUAAUAAUAAUGCAUAAUUAAUUUGACUGUAAAGUUCAGGGUUAUUGUGAUUAUGUUAGUUUGUUGGUGAUCCAACAUGCACCGGAUCCAUGUCAAGUCAUUCAGUAAAACCUAACAUUCUAGAAGAGAAAGGAGGUUUGGUUGCUGUCCUGUUUUAGGACGACAUUAAGUCUUAACACAUAGAAGGUAAUCAAAAGUAUUUGCAGGUACUGCAAUCCCAAAUAAAAUAUCAAAGCAAAAAACCUCUAGGUGGCCACAGUUACCUAAAUUUCUAGAUUGGUGAUAAACGCAAAAUCAAUUCGGUAUUGGUGAUUGAACGAGCAGAAGAUCUACGAACACGUGAUUAUGUUGUAUGCAAAUGCACCACAAUUACUCAUUCUCCUCUCACCCUACAUAUAUUGAUACCAAACCAUAUAUUUCAUGGCGGAAAUUCUGUGGACUCUUUCCAGGGGAGCGUCUCAAUCAUGUAUAUUAACGAACAACUUGAAAAGGUGUUAGCAUGUCCCGUAUCAAGAUGACAACCAAAUGCAUUCGGAUCAUUACGUAUUGUAUGAUUCAUGUAUAUUGAUCAUUAACAAAGCACCACCAAAAUGUCGAAACUUGAGGCUAGCUAUUAGCAACUGAUCAAUCUAAUCUUUGAUCCAAAUGGGAAAUCGAAAUGACUGAAACCAAACACAUAAUUUUCACCGACUAGCUUAGGGAAAGAAAUUUGAUUCAUUAGUGGUGGUACUGGCCUGCUUUUUUAACGCAAUGAAAAUGAAUGCUACCAAACUGAUUAAGCUUUUUUAUUUUUGUUGGGUAGGUGUUUAUUGAAACCCUACUUUUCUAGCUUAAGUAGAUAGGGUUUGGAACCUGUUUGAUUAUAUUAGGGCUGCUCGUUGAUUGGAAUUUGGUUUUUGUGAUGGAUCAACUAGCUGCCAAUCAGUCACAUACAUGCAUGUAUGAGCUAGUUAGGCACUCUUCUUGGUUGUGUAUAAUUGAGAUCAAGGUUGUCAAACCGGUUUAUGCCAGAGUGCCGGUUUAGCAAGUGGAAUGGUUCGACCGGUGGUACAUACCAGUUAAUAUUACAAAUAAUUUACAAAUACUCAUAUUUAAACACGACAUUUAACUUAAAUACCUAAACAUUUGUACUUGAAUCCAACAAAUAACAUCAACAUUUAACUUUUUAACGCAUAAAACAAAUAAUAAAUUACUUUUUAUCUAUUAAAUUCACUAAGAUAAUAUCAUUUUACUUGGAGAUUCGUAUAUUGAUCAUGCCGGUCAUACCGGUGGUGUCAUGCCGGUUUAUGACCGGUAUAGGUUGAACCAGGUUCAACCAAUGGCAUGCCGGCCGGCGUGACGACCAUGAUUGAGAUAGUUAAAGAGUAGUGGCGGAGCUAGGUUGAAAAGUCGGGAGGUUAUAAUCUUUUUUUUCAAUUUUAAAAUAUAGGUAAAAUUUGAAAAAUAUAGUAGUCGGUAGUGGCUUAAAACGCUCAUCAAAUUACCACGAUUCAAAUCAACCAUCCUCGUUCAAAUCUUUGGUUAGAACCCACCCAAUACAUGUCAAAAAUUUUCAAUUCACUAAUCUCAUACCAAUGGACUUCAAGAGGCGGAACUAAUUAUAAAUUUAGGAACAAAGAUUUUUAUAAUUAGGUUUUAUUUACAAUGUUCUUUCCAAAAGGACAUUUGAACAACAUUUGAGCAUUUGUAGCAGAAUUUCCACAUGAGGCCCAGCUCUCCAGUUUGGAACAUAGGCCGAAGUUAAAGCUGGAAAUGGGCUUAUCAUGGGCCUUUUAGUGGGCUUAAUCAAAACGACGCAAAUAAAGUUGGCCCAGAGACUGGCCAACGGACUAAGAAAAAAAGAAUGGAGAUGCGGGGUAUCGAUCCCCGUACCUCUCGCAUGCUAAGCGAGCGCUCUACCAUCUGAGCUACAUCCCCAGUUUGUUCAUAUUUCCCUUAACGUUUUAUUUUCUCUCAUUCUUUAUUGAACCAAAUAAGAACACACCGCAUAUUUGAGAUCCUGCAAUAUCAAGCCUAACUUCACGUUUCCUCCUAAACAUCUGCAGAUCCAAGGUACGCGGCUCGAUCUGCACUCACUAUUCGCUAUCCAUUUGCGUUUCUUUCCGCCGAAGCUCGAUUUGAAUUUCAACGAACUCUUUCCUGUAAUCCAUGGCUAAUCGCCUUACUCUCUGGUUCAACUGCCCGCAAUGUGUUUGACGAAAUUCCCCACUGAGUUUCUUUCCAUCAGGUCUUUUCUUUCAGGUGAAGUCUACAGCAAACAGAACCCGCAGGCAGCAUGGUGACGUGCUUCCCUUCCUCGCCCAAGAAACUGGCGAUGAACGUGGCCUUGUUCGCCGCCGCAGCCGCGAUCAUGGGCUACGCGGCGCAUCUCUCCUACGUGAACGUCGCUCCUCAGCAAGCUCGUACCAGAGCUCGUGAUGAGUUCGUCAAGGAAAGAAUGCGACAGAGGCAUGGCUAUGGCAAAUGAAAAUAUGUUAGCACAACAACAAAGUCCCUUUUCUUCGUUCUUCCUUCCUUUUCAGCUGUCAAUGCCAGAAAAUGACAAGAUCUGCAAUUUGCUUUGCAUCACGAGAAAUAUUAUUCGGAUUUCUGAUGCGACAGAAUGGAUUAUAAUACUGCAUAAUAGAGAAGGCUUUGUCCGAUCUGUUAAUUAAAAAAAGAAAGAACCUUUGAAGAUAUAGAUCUAUGAUCUAUGUGCCCAUUUGUUCUUGCUCUUCAUACCGAUCCAUAAGCAAGUAGAUAUCUGUACACAGCUCAACUCGAUUCGUCUCAGUCAUGGCGCCUUCGUCAGUUUCGGCCGAGCUAGACUCCCUCUUAGCUGCAGCUCGCCCGCUCCUCCGGGAAGAGUACGCCUCCGUCGACGAGAGACUCCCUUCCUUGCUCGCCGCUCUUCGGGAUAGGGGAGCAGGGGAGAACUGGCACAAGGAUGGGAAUUUCGUCGAGCACCUUUACGGCACUUACAGGACACUCAAGCAGUGGGGCGCACCGCCGGAAAUCUGCCGCUGCGGCCUCUUCCACUCCGCCUACGCCACCUCCUACCUCAACCACUCCCUCUUCGACCACGACGCCGCCGGCAGGGACCUCGUGCGAGGCCACAUCGGCGUGGCCGCCGAGCGGCUCGUCCACCUCUUCCACGUCGCGCCGCGACAGAAGCUCGUGCACGACGUGCUCCUGGCGAGGUACUCCGACGAGGAACUCGUCGAACACGUGACGGCGUCAUCGUGCAACGUCGUCGACAUUGAGCAACCGUGGAGGAAGAAGCUGAGUUCCCUUCUCCCCGCAGGAGGAGUGGCGGUGAAGAGGAACGCGAAAACAGGGGAGGAGGAGGAUGAUCUGGAUCUCCACUUGUCGAGGAGGGCAGUAGCUCUGCUGCUCCUGUUCAUGAUGGCGGAUUACGCCGAGGAAAUGUUCAGCUUCCAGGACGAGAUGUACGAGAAUUCCAACGGGAGGAUGGAUUUCUCCGGCGGGAAUUUCUUGGCUUUGUGGCCAGGGGAAGCGAAGCCAGGGUUGUGGGUCAACAUGGUUUCCAGAGCUGGUGCUUUGUACAAUCUAAUCGUUCGAGAAGAGCAGCUUUUCAUCCAAGAAAGGAAAAUGGCAGGAGGGGUAUCAGUCGAUGGAGACCGGGACGAGGAGAUUGAGCUCGUUGUUCCCCCGAUUUUCGAUCAUUGCAUGAAGGUUUUGGGAGCUGAAGAGCAGGUAAUGGCGCGAGACAAGUACUGGGAAGCUGUUUGUGGAAAUGCCUCAGAGAAGAAGAAUGAUGAUGCUGAGAAGUUGCUGGUGGAGAGUUUGGAGAAGAACCCGUUUCUUGGUGACCCGUAUUUGGUGUUGGGUCAGGUCUAUCUGGGGAGAGGGAAGUUCGAGGCGGCGGAGAGAGCUGCGGCGGAAGGGCUGGAGCUGCUGUUGCAGUGGGGGACGCCGUGGGAUAAGAGGGUGUCUUGGGAAGGAUGGGUUGCUUGGGGAAGGGUUCUGUUGAUGAAGGCGCAGGUGAAGUCAUGGCCGCCGGCGCAGUGGGCUGUUCAUCGGUUGGGAGCUAGGAAAGAUUGAAAAUCUGAUGCCGCUGUUCGAAUUACUUGCUGGUUAGAGAUGACAAUUUCAAUUGAGGUUCAUGCAAUUUGAUAUGUUCCGUUCCUUUGAUUUUAUAACUUGUCCCGCAAGUAACAUGGGGC